AUGAUCGUAAAAAGAUACAAGCCCCUCUCCCAAGCCAGCAUAUAUCACUCCCUAAUCCACACCACACCCCUUCUUCAAAAUCUCAGCAUACCCACAGAAGACCACUUCCCAGCCCCUCCAGAAGUAGCAGCAGCACCACCACCACCACCUCUAACUCUCAGCCACCCCGUCCUGUCCAAACUAGAGGCCUGCCCAAACCUGCACCAGUUCAGCCAAAUCCAUGCCCAUGCCAUCACCUCCGGCCUGUUCCACAAUGUCUUCGCUGCAAGCCGCCUGCUUAGAUUCUGCACUGCCUCCCUGAGCCCCCCAGACCUCCACCUCACUAAUCUCCUCUUCUCCCAAAUCCAGCACCCGGAUGUCUUUUGCUAUAACCUCGUCAUAAAGGCCCUCUCUUUUACUUCCUAUCCUCUCAACUCGCUCUCCUUAUAUCGUCAGCUGCUGCUCCAAGGCCUUUGCCCCAAUGAGUAUACCUUCUGCUUUCUGCUCGACUCUUGCUCCCAUGGGAUGGCUUUGUGGGAGGGCAGGCAGCUGCAUGUCCACCUUAACAAGCAUGGGCUAGCCGCCGCCACCUUCUCUGCCACUUCGCUCGUCCACAUGUAUGGAGACUGUGGAGCCCUUCCGGAUGCACUUCGAGCAUUCGAACAAAUGCAGCUGAGAAGCAAUGCGUCGUGGGGAGCGAUGGUUGAUGCAUGCAUCGAACAUGGGAAGGUGUUUGAUGGUUUGAAGUUGUUCCGGGAGAUGCGGAGCUUGGGUGUUGACCCUAGCAAUGCCACGUUGGUUAGCAUCCUGAGUGGCUGUGCGGAGCAAGGGGACUUGGUCAGCGGUCGAGCCGUGCAUGGCCAUAUCGCGGCGAGUGGAUUGGAGCUCAAUGUCACUCUCGGGACGAGCCUUGCUGAUAUGUACUCCAAGAACGGGGCGAUUGAGACAGCCAUGGAGGUGUUCUCGGCGAUGCCGGUGAGGACUGUGGCUUCAUGGAAUUGCCUCAUCCAUGGGAUGGCUAUCAAUGGCCAUGCAGCUGGAGCCAAAUGCUUGUUUGAAGAGAUGCUGCUGGAAGGAGAUGUCUGCCCGAAUGAAGUGACUUUUCUUGCCAUUCUGAUUGCGUGCAGCCAUGCAGGGCUGAUAGAAGAUGGCGUCGAGUAUUUUUCGCUCAUGAGCAAGGCCUACGGCAUGGUGCCGAACAUAAAGCAUUAUGGGUGCAUGGUUGAUCUUUAUGGUCGGGCGGGGAGAGUGGAGGACGCCGUAGAAUUUAUAAGGAUAAUGCCCAUGAAGCCUGAUAUCGGUAUAUGGGGGGCAUUGCUUGGUGCAUGCAGGACUCAUGGCCAUAAAGAGUUGGGAGAACUAUUGGCAGCUCAAAUUAUGAAGAUUGCACCUCAUGAUUCAUGUGGGUAUCUACUUCUCUCUGAUGCGUAUGCAUCGGAUAGGCGAUGGGAUGAUGUAGUUGGUGUGAGGAAAGUGAUGAGAGAGAUGGUUAUCAGGAAGAUGCCGGGAUUUAGCUCCAUAUGCAGCUCACAGAGCAGACUGUAUGAGCCAGUGGGUUCUCAAUGA